UCACACCGCCGUGUGCAGCGAACGGUUGUUGUGGGUGUUCGUCGCCGUGCUCGCGUUUCGCUUACUUGCUACCAAUUUAUUGGCCAAAAGCGCAUUUAAUUAAAUCCAACCAAGUAACCGAAAAUAAAUAAAGCUUAGCGGCAUUCAAAAGAAAACCAGUUGCAAAGUGCAGAAAAUCAGUGGCAAAGCAAAGUAAAUAAAAGUGCAUACGAAUGAGUGUGGGAACGGAAAACGAAAUGCAAGUGCGUGCCAACAAAUAAGAAAUACGAAGCCAAAAAGGAAGCGAAGGAAGAUAAGAAGCGAAAAGUGCAACGAAUAAAGAGAAAAAAGAGCUGCAACAAAUAUUAAAACAACUACAAAAUCGGUGCGGCAUUUUCUACGUGACGCGAAUUAAAUGCGCUCUCUCUUUCUCCCUCUCACUCUCUCCCCGUCUCUGUCCCUCUCGCUCUUUGUUGAAUUUUAACUGCGAACAGGGUCAAAAUAAAUAUAAAAAAAAAAACACGUCGAAGAAAUACUUGUGUAUAUAAAUUCUAGGUAAUUCCUACCUUCCGUUUUUUCGCGGCUAACGCGCGUGAUUCAUAAACUCGUAUUUAAGAUACAACAAUAAAAAAAGAAAAUACAGCCGUGCAUUGAACCUGCUGAAAACGCUGGGCACCAGUAAUCAGUUAACAACAUGGACAACAACAUCUGUGCAAUAGUCGAAUACGAAUAUGCGGCCAAGGAGCCCGACGAGCUGGAUCUCCAGAAAGGUGCCAUUAUCCAUCGGAUCAAGCAGAUGCCCGGCGGCUGGUGGCAGGGCACCCUGAAGACCUCGGGCGUCACGGGGAUGUUCCCGGAUAACUUUGUCCGGGUACUGGAGGCCGGAAUCAGCAGCAACGGCAAUGGGACCACUGGCAGUGGCGACCACCUCGACGAGGGAACAUCUGUCCAACUGAGGGACAAAUCCGCGACAUCGAAUCGCCGCUGCAAAGUCAUCUACAGUUACACACAAGUCAACGACGACGAACUGACGCUGGCCGUGGGUGAUGUCAUUGAAUUCCUAGGGGAGGUCGAGGAAGGCUGGUGGCGCGGUCGUCUGCGCAGCAAAGUCGGCGUCUUCCCAUCGAACUUUGUGCAACAUAUUGAGCCGUCUCCCAUUUUGGCCUCCAAACGGCCACCGACAAUAGGCGCCACCGUGACCACGUCGUCGUUGACGUCCAAGGCGGCGAAUGUGGCCAAUGUGGCAGCCACAUCCACAGUAUCAACUGCAGGAGGAGGAGGAGGAGGAGGGACCAUCAGCACCAGCACCACUGCCACCACAAAGCAGGCAACCAAGAGCAGAGUAAUUGCAGCAGGAACCUCUGCUCCAGCGGAAACAGCGGCCAUAGCUUCGGGAUCGGGAUCUGGAGCGACAGCGACAGCAACGGCAGUACCCAUGCUGCCACCCAAGCCCCAGCGGGAAUUCUGCCGGGUGGAGUUCCCCUACGCCCCGCAGAAUGACGAUGAACUGGAGCUCAAGGUGGACGACAUAAUCACAGUGAUCAGCACCGAGUUGCCGGACAAAGGAUGGUGGAAAGGAGAAAUCCGCGGCAAAGUGGGCGUUUUUCCCGACAACUUUGUCAAAAUGCUGGCACCCUCGGAAGUUGCACCGAUCAACGAGCCACCGAGCACCACGCAGGCGCAGAGCCAGAGGAAGAUCAGCAGCACCGCCAACUCCACCAGCCACAUGACCACAACGAACUCUAGCAAUUCCAGCACCACUUCGGUGACCACGCAGCAGCAGAAGGAUCAGGUCGGAGGCAGCUCCUCCACCACAUCGAAGGUGUACAUCAAGAAGACCGGAAGCAGCAGCAAUAGCACUACCAGCACCACCACCACUGCUUCUUCGUCGGCGGGUCGCAAGGAGAGCUUCGGAUCCCGCGACUCCCUGAACGACAUUCUGAGUGAAACGGGCCUGCCCACUGGCAAUGUGGCCGCCCAAAGGAAGUCCCUGGAGAACAAGAACCUCGAUCUGACCAAGCCGCCUGGCGUGGGAGCAGCUGCGGCCAUCGGACAGCAGAGGAGCAGUACCUCCAGUGCCACCAGCUCCUCAGCCACCACAAUAUCCACAGGAUUGACCUCCUCCUCAGUGAGCAAAUCCAUGGAGAGUAUGGACGAGAAGGUGAAGUCGCCACCACCGCCGGUGCUCAGCAAGAAGCCGAGUGUGCCGCUCAAGAAGACUCCCACAGGUGGAGUGCCUGUGGCCGGUAACCUUCUGGGCGGCAAGAAAAAGAACCCGGAGGGAAAGCUCACCACUGCCGUCUCGCACGAUUUGGCUGAUGGUCUUACGGCUAGUAAGAUGCUUACUGGUGCUAAUCAACUGCCUGAAUCCGGAGCUGCUGGCAACGUGGUCAUCCGGAGAGCUGCUACCAUAGCUGUGGAGGAUACAGAUUUCGAUCGGGUGGAGCGUGCUUCGAUACUCACGGAUAUGCGACAAGGAAGGGUCAAGGCGCCGAAGAGACGUCCUCCAUCGGCGGCAAUCAAUGUCCUGGGAGAGAGCAAUAACAAUUCCGUAUACGUAAAUGGCAGUGGGAUGGGCGGAUCCGGAGGAGCGGGAAGUGCCAGUGAGCUGAGUGAAGAUGGUGGUGCAGGAGGUAAAACUUCAGAUGAUAAUUCCACGGGCGAGGAACCACAGUUGGCCAAGCCGAAGCCCCGCGAAUGGGAGAAGAAAAAGGCGCCCUGGAUGGAGGAGCUGAAGGCUUCGCAGGUCACCAGGAAAAAGACCUCGCCCAGCGUGGAGCCCCGAGGAGCUUCAGUGGCCGAAAGGACCUCCAAACUGUUUGCAGGAGAGCAGGCUAUUAGCAGCAGUAGUAGCAGCAGUACCACAACGAAAGUGCAAUCUUCGGCGGUGACAUCCUCCAUGUUUGUGGGGAACUCAACGACCAGCAGUUCGGUGACCACGAGUAGCACUAGUACCACCACCAACGAUGCCAUCAUGUCCCGCAGUUUGACAGCUGCCAAGGUCCAAGCAGCCAGCAGCGAUGAGGAGACAAGAGCCACAAGGCCCAAUAGUCUGGCCAUUCGAAAUCAACGAAGUGUUUCACCUCUAGUAAAGAGCUCCAACGCCAGCAGCUCGCAGUCCCAGGAGGAUAAGCCCUCCAGCCAACUGAAUAACCAUCAGGAUGCUGGUGCCUCCAGGGUGACCCAGCUGGAGCAGCGGGUGGAUAAACUAGAAGGACUAGUGCUAAACCAACAGCGAACCAUCGAGGAGCUGGUAAAUGCCCUGAAGUCCGAGGCCGAGCGCGUCAAGAUUUUAAGGAGCGAACUGGACAAAUACGCGCAGUGCGUGACGCAAGUUUGAGCCUAGUUAGAACCGCCUUUUAGCUAGCUUUUGAGUCCUUGAUUUCUAGCGAGUGCUGAACUCUACAAUACCCAGGCCUAGAAACGUAGAACGUAGUAGAGUAGACCGAACCCAAGACAAUCCCAAAUAUCUGUACUCUGUGUUCUGUACUUACACACCAGAAUGAUCUAUCCAAACCGCUAGCGAUCACUCGUUUUUGCAUGCCAAAACCGUUUAGUUUUUCGCUAUAUUACCUUGUAUUCGCCCCUGUAUAUCUGAUAUCUGAUAAUUUCGAUAAGUAUUUUUUAUACACUCGUACAUUCCGAAAAGUGCAGUCAGAAGAGUGUGAUUUCUUUUAGCUGCUUUCGAUUGCGAUUUGUUUUGUUUAUACGAUUUAUGAUUAUUUUUUAAAGAUGUAUUAAAGUUAUGAGUAAACUGUACUAUAAACUAUAUACUAAACGAGAGAGAAACAUACAAAGUUCGAUGGAGUUGAUAAUGAUGAUGAUGAUGAUGCCUAAAACUUAAGCAAUACCAAUAAAUAAUGCAAAUAAAUAAUUCAA